AUGUAUUGCUCACAGAAUGAAACAAUUAGCAGCGAAUACAUAUCUAACAUCGAAAUACUUUUCAACUCUAUGUUAAUGAACGGCAAUUUCGUCACCGGUUUCUCCAAUUCGAGUUCCGGCACCGGUGAAGCUGUCUACGGUCUCUUCCUCUGCCGCGGUGACGUGAGUUCGUCAACCUGUAGUAAAUGCUUGUUCCUUGCGACACUCACUAUUUGUCGCAAAUCGAAGAAGGCUGCAACCUGGUUCAACGACUGUAUGUUGAGAUACUCUAACGAAUCCACAUUCACAAAGCUGGAUCAAUCGGUAAAUCCACAUGUUGAUGGUUGGAUUGAAGUAACGAAUUCAACUCGGUUUAUGGAGGUGCGUGAAGAUGUGGUGAAUCGAGCUGCGAACAGCGGACCGUUGAAGAAAUCCGCUGUGGGAGAGGUUAAUUUUACGACGACUAAGGUUACCGUUCACGGACAAUGCACGCCAGACAUUUCCGCGGCUGACUGUUAA